AUAUUUGAUUGAAAUUUGUUGACAUGCAACAUGCGCCGUUGGGAGCACACAUCUACAUUUACACACACAUUACACUGACAGACGUGCACACACACCAGGGAAGAGCGAGAAAGAGAGAGCGAGGAGAGGAGGCGGGGGAGCGAUCGAGAAUACAGAGACCGCCAGCGCACCGCGGCUCUUCUCUCCCCAGCAGGCUACGCUCAAGCCUGUGUGGUCCAUUGGGCUGGGGUGUGCUCUCCUCCACUGUUGCUAAGGAGAUGGACGUCUCGAAUGGAGCUGCGGUCCGGGCUGAAAUGUCCAUAUUGUUCCCUUCUCACAAGCCUUUCUCGCUUCAGUGUGCGAUGCGUUUAUGUGUGUUUACCGGAAUCAUCGCGAACAACGUGACGAGUCAGCGGCAGCUCUGCAGCAGCCGCCAGGAAUUGUGGGGCUGCAGCCGAGAAGCUGAAGAAACAAGGGCUUGACUGGCAGCUGCUCGGCGUCCAAGGAAAGGGAGAGACGCGGCCGGGGUGAGAACUGGUCAACAAAUGUUACCUGGCGAGGACGUCGGCUGAAGCUUGACAACGGAGCAUGGCGUCCACAGGCAUGCAGAUAUUUGGAUUUGUGCUGGCGCUGUUGGGGAUCAUGGGUGCCAUGGUGGCCACUCUACUACCCAACUGGAAGGUGAGCGCCGACGUCGGCUCCAACAUCAUCACGGCCAUCUCCCAAAUGCAAGGACUGUGGAUGGACUGCACGUGGUACAGUACUGGAAUGUUCAGCUGCACACUGAAAUAUUCUGUGCUUUCACUUCCUGCGUACUUGCAAACUGCACGCACCACCAUGGUGUUGUGCUGCGUACUGGCAGCCAUGGGUCUCUGCUUGGCGUCCCUGGGACUUAAAUGCACACGCUGGGGUGGGGGUCGACGCUCCAAGAGGCACGCGGCCAUCGCCAGUGGCAGUUGCUUUGUUGCCGCUGGCUUUCUGUGUCUGGUGCCGGCGUCCUGGUUUACCAAUGAGGUCAUCACCAACUUCCUAGACUCCACUGUGCCCGAGAGCAAUAAGUUUGAGCCAGGGGGUGCCGUGUACGUGGCUUUCGUUUCUGCCGGGUUCCUCUUAAUGGGGGGCUCCAUCUUCUGCAUGUCCUGCUCGGGCAAAAGGCACGGCCCACAGGACCUUGUCUUGCUCCCCCCGCCAGACAAAUUGCUACUGCAGCAACAGCAGCAACAGCUGCUCCAACAACAGGAGCUCCAGCACCAGUAUUGCUCUCUUUCCCCGCUAGACAAUAAGACCGGCUACAGCCUGCAGGACUAUGUGUAGGAAGACAGUGUUGUGUAUGCACGGGCUUACAGGAGAGGGGGAGUAGUGGAUGACUACUGCUUAUGCUUUAAGAGUAGGCUGGAUGCCAAACAGGUGGCAAAAUCUGAGAUGGAGAAUAACUAGCUCCUGCUCUUGUGUCUUGCUCCUGUCUUUCUUCUGUUUUGCAAGCACAAGCAGUGGAGGUAAUCCCCGAGUAGCACCUUGGAACAAACAGGCUGACGGCGUCAGAAGCAUGGAUGAGGUGCUGCACAAUCGAAGGCAGCCGCUAACCAAAUGCAAGACAUCCUUCAUCAGUAAAUCACCGGGAGGGUUCCAUGGGGAGUGGAUUAAGCAAAUAGGAAGGAAUUUUCCACUCGUGAAAGGUUUAAAUCGAAAGAAAAAACCAAUCACUUAGCUGCUAUUUACGCUCUUUUGGAGCUCUCUCAAUCGUCAACGUACGCAGUAGAUGGACGUCCUUUCAUAAAUGGCCAUAUUUUGGAUUGCUUUCCCAGCGACUUUGAUGUCUUGCUGCUAAGCAUGCUGUGUUGAGCCUGUCUUGUGUUUUAUUACAGCGUGAUGAUCGCUAGAAGUUCGAGACAUAGCCACACAAUAUGCUUGUGCCUGAAAAAUCUAUAGCGAUAUUAGCGUGUGGAAAGUGCUCAAUGAGGAGGAAGAGAUGUAGGCUACUCGGCAGGUGGAAAUGUGAGGGAGACGGAGAAACAAACAGCAAAAAGAAAUUGAAUGGUUAAGCGGACAGAGUGGGAGUGGACUGUUAUCGUAUUCCCUAUUCCGAAAACAUCCUAAUCCUAGAUUGUCAAUUCUGGCCAAUGUAACCAUUUCUGCCACUCAAACACACACCACCACCCCAUUAGGCAUGCACUCCACUGCUCCUACAGAUACUUGUGAAUCCUUACAGACACAGUAAACACACACGCUCAUGCUGAUUUUUGCAUGUUUUCAACACAGCCAUCCUCUGCCAUGCUACCAUGGAAACCAAAUUAUUGUCUGAGGGCUGGUGCUUGUCAGCCAAGUGAUUUGUUUGUAGUAGGACAUCUUUUUUUUUUGCUUCUAUCCAUUGUUCCGUAAGCUUCAAUCAGAGCCUCUGCAUACACGACUUAGUCUAAUCCCCUUUAUUAGCUAGUGAGAAGAGGCAGCAUCCGUGUUAAAUUGUUUAGAGAUUUAUUUAUUUUUUUGCGCAGAAACAUUUAGUUGCUAGAGUGGUAUAGAGGCAGAUGUAAAGUCUCCCAAGUCAUGGUCAACUGGCUCGCUAUGUGGCAGGCAGCUAAAAAAGGUUUGAGUCAUUCUCCAUAUGUGACUUGUUUCCCAAGCGCAUAAGCAUUGAGGCUGCACCUGAAUAAGGCCUCGGUCUUAAAUAGGAGCCGUUCCAUCUUCCUACACACAGCCACACAUUGAACACACAAACAUAAUGCCCUUCUUCCAGCACACAGCACAUGGAUGUGAUAGCUGACGUAAGAACUCUGAUACAUGUUGAAAUUGUGACGAGACACAACACACUCAAAUAAGCUCACCUACACAAAUGUCAGGGGCACUGUUGCCCUUUCACCCUUCCAUGUCUCAGUCCGCACAUACUCUGUUCAUGGGGAGAAGUGGAAAAAUAUAGGAAUUAUAAUUGAAACAGGAUUUGGCAGUGAUGCAUAGGACCACACAGUUCCCUCCUUCUCUCUCAUAAACACAGCUUUCUGUGGAGGGAGCAGAUGGCCGAGCCCAGCUCGCCACCUGCAGGCUGUUGCCGGCACACCACAAAACAUCGCUGUGGGGUAUCAUCUCAAGCGCUGGCAGCCCUCCGGGACCAGGUUUCUACACCAUCUUGCCCCAACAUCUCCUGCUGACAAUAACUCAGUGCCCAGGCACCAGCAGCAAUGCAAUAAACAAAAACGCUAAGAAUGUGCCAUGUCAUCAAACAAUACUGACGUUUUUGCGUUUCAAGAAUGUGCCAAAUACUGUAGUCUCAUGAUGACAUUUUAUUAUAAUCCGGAAUCCUUUAUCUUUAUUUUUCUAAUAUGUUCUUGUACAUGAAUUGUACAUUAGCGAAUGUUUUAUGGAUUUGUUCUGCCAGACUAAGUCUCAAGUCAACUAGAUGCUUGUGUGCAGUCCAGUGCGGCUUUCGAGGGUUAUUUCAAAUCCUCUUUAUUUCUGAUUUCCCAAAGCACAGUGAGAUUCACUAAGCAUGAGUAUUGAGAGGACAUGAGUGUGGUAUUUUCUAAAUAAAUAUAUUCAUUCAGGAGUAUUAAAGGGUCUGUGGCAGCUGUACACAAGUAUCUACAUGUUUGUUUAUGCUGAGGGACUUGGAAUUCCCUCAGAUUGUUCCAAUAGAAGUUACAAUAUCAUGAUCAUAACCAUAUCUUCUUUAUAAGAAGAGAACUCCAGUGCACCUUUUUUUGUGUUACUAUUUUGAGAGGGUAGGUUGUUUCAAAUGGUUGAGCAUUUCAAGCUCCCUGAACCAGUACAAACACAACACAAGUGGCACUCUGAAAGAAAAAAAAAAAAGGGAAUGACGUCUGACCGUUCCAGCAGGGAGUUAGGAGCUAGAGGGUCCUCUUUUUUGUGUGUCUGUGCAGCUUGAUAUCAGCACGCAAUUUACUUAGCUUAGAAAUGGCCUGAGUGCAAAGUGGUCCUAAGAAUUUAGUUACAAAUGUGCAUAGAAACUGUACCAAUACAUUGAUUUAUCUUUUUGAUAAACUGCAGCUUAUUUUUGUGGAUGCUUCAGCACUUCUUACUUUGCCAGAGCAUAAUUGUGAUGAUGAGCAGCUCACAAGUUCUGAAACAGUUGUCUCAAUGUGCUUGUGCAAGUAGUUCUAUUUUUUACUAAUAAAACUAUUUUAUGAAAGCAACUUGCCUGCCGGGUAUGUGUUACAUGUGUGACCAAUGAGGGCGAAGAUGGCAAUUAGCGGUUUUGCCAAAUAUACAGAUUGUUGAAUGGUACAGACUGUGCUGAGUGCAGCCGGCCAGCCAGGCUGCUCUUACACAGCAAAGCACCCUGGGGAGCAGCGGCAUCGGUUUGACUGUAUGCAUCCAUAAUACAUUGCCAUGUGCAAAUGGGUUUUGAAAAAGGAAUUCUACUCUGAAUGUCGCA